CCAGUAAGAGGUCUGAACCAUUAAGAGCUAGUAUAUUGUUUAACUAUUCAGAGGCAAAUGUCUGAUCAAUUCAGAUAAGAGCUCUUAACCAUUCAGACUCUGUAUAAUACUUAACCAUUCAGAGGCAAAUCUCUUAACCAUUCAGACAUCUGAACCAUUAAGAGGCUGAAACAAACAGUCUGAACCAUUAAGUGCUGAAUCAUUCAGACAUCUGAACCAUUAAGAGGCUGAAACAAACAGCCCCUUACACCCGUUAACACCGCGAGUCAGAUAUUUGAAUUAAUUCAGAUGAGUACUCAAUCAGUACACAAUGAGAAUAAUGUACGAAGUGACGAGACAAAUCAAAAUAUUCGAACCAUUUCUCAAAUUUUAGAGGCAAUUCAGCACAUGGCGCCUCCACAAUAUACGGUAGAGAAGUUGAAGAGGAAUGGAGCUGAGGAGUUUCUAGCAGAUGAGAUAAAGAAUCCAGGAAAAGUGGAGUACUGGUUGAAAAGAAUUGAGAGAGAUCCCACAACUCCUGAACGUAUCACAUGGGACUUCUUUGAACAUGUUUUUGAAGAGGAGUAUGUUCCGGAUAGAUAUAGGGAAGCCAAACGCAAACAAUUCACGGAAUUGAGGCAGAACGGGCGGCCUCUAAUUGAAUACCGACAAGACUAUGAUCACUUGGCAGAAUAUGCAACAGAUCUAGUGAACAACACAACGAGAAGGUGUGAAAAGUUUGCUGAAGGCCUAGAUCACGAUUUGGGACUUGCUAUGGUUACAGUCGACUAUACCACUUUCAACGCAGUUUAUGCAAAGGUGGAACGGGCAGAGGAAAGGAUUGCUGCAAAGAAAGUCUUAGAGAAGAAUGUAGCCUCUAGAACAUCAUCUGAUUCCAUUUCGCCUCCUACAUCAUGCGUCUCCGAUGCGUUUUCGCGUGUCCAAGGUCUCCGAGACGGGGCAUGCUACCUGGCGUUUCCGUGCAACAUAGCUGAGGGCAGUGAACUUGAAGAUAUAAAGAGUGACGAGCAUUAAAGCUUUGGACUAUAUCUUCCAUAUCAAUGCGUAUUUUAGUUUUGUUCACUUUGACUGUUUAUACGUUUGCUUGAAACGUACUCAAAUGAUGAACUAAUUUUGAGGUGUUGGUUUACUUUCCAGUAAAUGGGUUAGUUGUAA